CAGCCAACUUACGAAUGAAGGGGAAAUAAAAAAAAAAAAAAGAGCUACUGCCAGUUUAAAACAGGUACGCGCUGUGACUUGAAAAUAGGCCAUUGGCUGUUCUGUUCUGAUGCGUCCCCGAUGUCUCUGAAUGGAGCUUCUCCUUCAGCUGAUUUCACUGUGCCGGGUGCGCAGAUGUGGAGCUGCAGCUCAAGUUUGAAGAUCAUAGUCAGGAGGGGAAAAAAGACAAGGAUGCGUCUAUUUUAGGUCGACAGAUUGGAUGUUUGCAUCAAAGUCACUCUUUAAGAAGCGCCGCGAAACAAACCUGGAUUUGCGCUCAACACCGACUGACGAGACACUCAGAGGGCAUAGGAAUGUACUGCAAGGGAGGAUAUGAGAAAGUCAUCCUGCUCAUCUUUUACCUCCAGCUGUGGUCCAAGCCGAUGGGUGAAGCAAUUCAUCCGGACUGUGCCAUCAUCGCUCAGCACCUGAGGGCUCGAGAGAUUUGCAGCCAGACGAGAAGGAGCGAGGCGCAAAACCGGAGCGAUAACAGCGGAUGUAAAACAGAAUGGGACGAGAUUGGAUGCUGGCUGAGGGCCGAAGCUGGGCAAGUUGUCAAUUUAUCCUGCUCUGAGGUCUUCCAGCAUUUCUCCAGCAAUCAAGGGUAUGUGUACAGAAAUUGCACUGCUGAUGGCUGGUCUGAAAUGUACCCAACUUAUGAAGAUGCCUGUCAUUUCAGUGAUGACAGCGAGCCUGAAUCUGAGACAAGUUACCUCCAUACGUUCAGACAGGUCUACACUGUAGGGUACGCCACCUCACUUAUCACUCUCCUGACAGCUAUAGUGGUGUUCGCAGGUUUCAGGAAGUUUCGCUGUACCAGAAACUACAUCCACAUCAACCUGUUUUCCUCAUUCGUCUUGAGAGCCAGUGCUGUGUUCAUUAAGGAUGCGGUGCUGUUUGCAGAUGAAACUCUCGACCACUGCUCUGUUUCUACGGCUGGGUGUAAGUCAGCUGUGGCUUUUUUCCAGUUCAGCAUCCUAGCCAAUUACUUUUGGUUGCUGGUGGAGGGCAUGUAUCUGCAGACCCUGCUGGCCCUCACUUUCGUCUCUCAGAGGAAAUACUUCUGGUGGUACAUUCUCAUUGGAUGGGGAUUGCCAUCAACGAUUCUCGUACUUUGGGUUCUGACCAGAUUUCUCUAUGAUGACAGAGGCUGUUGGGAUGACAAUGACAGCGUUGGCAUUUGGUGGAUCAUUAAAGGACCAAUAACAGGCUCGCUGCUGGUCAACAUAGUCAUCUUCAUAAACGUUAUCCGGAUUCUGGUCCAAAAGCUUAAAUCUUCAGCCAUGGCUGGAAACAGCGACACUGGUCACUUCAUGCGGCUGGCUAAAUCAACCCUGUUCCUCAUUCCUCUGUUUGGGAUGCACUACACUGUGUUUGCCUUCCUGCCUGAAAACACUGGAGUGGCUGCCAGACUGUACAUCGAGCUGGGCCUGGGAUCCUUUCAGGGAUUUGUUGUGGCACUUCUUUACUGCUUCAUGAAUGGAGAGGUCCAGGCAGAGCUCCGGAAAUGGCUUUGGAGGUGCCACAAUCCAAAUCUCACUCCUGCUAAGAGAAGCAUCACUCAGGUCACAAUUCGAACCCAUGGAGGCAUGGGGCCUUCGUCUAGUGCCAACAUUUCUGCUGUAUAGUUCUUGUUUGUAAAAGGAGAAAAAGAAAAUUCUGAAUGUGAAGAAACAAUAAAAGCGUGGCAUUCCUCUGCUGAAAAUAACGACGGCACAACUUCAACUAUUGUUUUAUAAGACAUGAAAGCACAAGAAAAACAGAGUCAAACCUGUGGAGGCGUUAUGGUGCCAUGGUAAAACAGGAAGCAACAACCAAGACAGAGCUGGCCCUGGACCGAAGAGGAUUUCAGAUGCUUGAGUUUACAGGUUGUAAAUAAAUGAAUGAGCUGAUUCAUCUACACAGCUUUAAUUUUACUCUAAUUGUUAUUUUAAUGCUAACUGUAGCAACAGGACCCAUCUUCAGUGGUGUGAAACUCAUUUUCAUUUGGGGCCACAUCAAGAUAAUCUUAAAAUCAUAUACUGUGGCAGAAUGUAUAGUAUUAUAGUGUUGUCUGUAUUCAAUGAGUAGUUCUAAAUAUUUGAUCAUACUUAAUAUACUUUAUCAUUGAAGUAAUUUGGCACUUUACAAAUAAAGCAGAUUUGAUAUAGUAUUUAAGUACAAAACUAGUAUCUUGAAUUUCUUGAAAUAGUUAUGGUUGGCCAGAUCUGGCCUGUGGGCCUUGAUUUUGACACAUGUGCCUUAAAUGGUGUCUUGAAAACCACAGCACUUGUACUGAAUUGUCUCACACACUACUUAGAUUUUUGAAAGAAAGCAUUAGAUUAUGUAUUAAAUGAAUCCACUGUACAUGUUGACAUAUUAAAUGUGCAUGGAGGUAGAAAUAAAAUUUGUAUUAGUUUACAGAGUCUGAAAAAUGUCAGUCUUUGAAAAGUACAACAACAUACCACAGAUUUAUUUUGCAGUUAGUUCACACAAGUAGACGUGGAUGUUGGACAUCAGAACACUUAUACGUGACUCAGUAUUACAGGUUGAACACAAGAUGAAAGUUUCUACAUUGUUUUUCAACAUCUAAGUUUAAAUUCUUUUGAAUGCCUGUCAUUACGUAUACAUGCAUACAGAAUACAUUCUCUCAAGUUUCCAGUCAUCCACAUACACUCUUAAAACUGGACCAUAAACAGCUUUACAAAAACACUGUCACAAACAUUGUAGAUUUUAGUCAAGAAGUCCACCUGUAUGGCAAAAAUAUACACUAUUCAUGAUAGAGAAAAGACAUCAUUUGUACACCAGAGCAAAUUGAUAGCGGGGAACAUCUAAGAGCAGCUGAGAAGCAAUAACUCUACAUUCAAAAAUUCAUUGACAAUCAGUAAAACUCACACACACUUGACCAAACUGGCUCAGCAAGCCAUAACAGUUAAAACUGCAUGUUAACACAGAGAUGCAUCACAAAACACAGUUCAAACAAGAGAUUUGACAUUUUUGCAAUUACAGUCAUAUUUUAGUGAGAUUCAGAUGGUGGUCUAUUACUUAAACUGCAAAUGACAGAAAAGUGAAGUUAGCAUUCAUAAGCUACCAGCUACUUGAAAAUUGCCUACAUAUGACUAGCUAGCUAGAAACUAGCUUUUUAAAGGAGAAAAUGUGCUGAUAUAUUGAUUUCAGCUUUAAAUCUCAGACCUCUGAACAACACUAGACUUGAUGUUUAUGAUGUGCAAAAGUUCUUUGAGUAAGGAUGGGUAGCAUUGAUGGUAAGUAUGAUCCACUCUGAAAGAUUGACAUAAAUCAUGACAUUCUUAAUGUACAUUUUUAAAGCUGUGAAGUGUACACCAAUUGCUUCAAAUGUAGUCACUUAUUUACAGUCUAAUGACUAGUAAUGCUGUGCUAUCAAGAGGCUUGGAAACUAGGCUAGAAUAGCUGAAAGCUGAACUUAUCAAGUAUGGCUAUUAACCCUUUGCAUGUGAUGUCAUGCUCUCCAGAUAGCAACUCACUUGGUUGGUAGUCUAAUAUCACUUUUAAUCAGUUGAUUCGGGGUGCUAUGUGGUCAGUUGCACAAAGACAAGGAUGGAAACCAAACUUGUCAUUUUAUUGUAAACCUUUCGAUGGGGAAAAAUGAUGGAGAUGGUGUAUUAGUGGUUUUGCAGUAAGCACUUUUUACAAGGUAAAAUGAUUAAUGUUCAAGUACUUCAUAAGUAGGUUCAGUAAGAUGCAGUAAAAUAUUGCAUUAUGGAGAAGGUAUGCACCUAAUCUUUAGCAACCAUAGAGCAAACGCCCCACCAUCAUGGAACCUAUCAUGUAUGACAAAACUAACAAGUAUCUAGACUUUACUACGCUUUUAAGUCUGCUCUGGUGUAAGAGAAAACACAAUUUAUGACAUAGUGGUAUAAAUCAUGUGGCACAAAUUCAGGCAAGGUUGGCAAUUUGGUCAAAUCAACACAAAAGUCAGAAGGGAAAAGGUUUGGGUCGGUUUCUGAGCUAGCUUUUCCAAAUUUUGUAAAUACUGCUGCCUACGAGCCACAACCAACUACGUGAUUAAGUGACGAAGCUGUAAGGGGUCAAUACUAUCCAGACUAGAAUUGUGUUCACAGAUAAAUUAGCUCAACUUGAACAAGUAGAAGUCAUGGCCUUACUGGCAAAAACAACUUGGGAAAACAAUCGGCGUGACUUUGAUACUCCAGUCUUUCACUUCCAGUUUUUGUCAUGGCGCCUUUUGACUAAGUGAUUAAGUGACAUAGCUGCAAAAGGUUAAUACUAUCCAGACUACAGUAGAGUUAGCUACUACCUUUAGAUAUACUAACAUAUCUCAUGUAACUUAGUAUAUUGAUUUUCUAGUUAGACUACUCUUUUUUUUUUUUUUUUAGAGAUUUUUAGAGUCUAAUAUUUUUUUAGAAAUAUAAACAUUUUUUUUAUUAGAAAUAGAAGCUCGACUAGAGAUUUCCGGGCCUUGAUUACACAUUUAGAUCUCAUAUCUGACUGGGCACACAAAGCAUUAAUCACAACUUUGACCCCCUGUACAGGUCAGCUGAUUUGGGGCUGUAACUACCUCACUUUGGAAGCAGAGUUGCAACAUAGUCGGGUUGAUCCACCUCAACUCCUCUCUCCAUAUUAGUUCUUUCACAGAACACAUGAUGGAGAAGCCGUCUUAUAGGAGUUUAAUGG